AUGAAGAGCACAAGGCAGCGGUUCUCGGAGGAAGAUGAAGAAUCGUCAGACUCGUCUGAGGGGAUCAGGAUCAACAAAUGCUUCAAAGAGUUCGCAUCAAGGAGGGAGAGCGACAGGUUCGUCCAGGACGGGAGGGUGACAGUGGAUGGGAGAAAGGCCUUUCCAGGAGAGCGAGUCUUCCCGGGGAACGUUGUGAGGCUGGAUGGCAAGCUGGUGCAAUGGGAAGGGUUAUCCAUCAUCGACGAGACCGUCGCUCCUCAGGACCAGUUCGUGUACAUCAAGUACUGGAAGCCACGAGGCGUUGUCUGCACUACAGACACGCGGGUGCGAGGAAACAUCGUCGACGCUGUCGGACAUCCGGAGAGGAUCUUCAUGGUCGGCCGACUCGACAAGGACUCGACUGGUCUCAUCCUCCUGACCUCCGACGGGCGGGUACCCAACUUGGUGCUUCGAAGCGACCACAAGCAUGACAAGAAGUACAUGGUGAGGGCAGACAGAGCGAUCAGAGAAGAGGACAUCCACAAGCUUGCUGAAGGAGUCGUCAUUACCACCACGGCUCAACGGGACAGGAAGAGCAAGAUAAUCACUGCCAGGACGCUGCCGUGCGAAAUUACAAGGGUAAGUGACGACGAGAUCUGCAUCACCCUCCACGAGGGGCGGAACCGCCAGAUCCGCAAGAUGCUGGAGGUGCUGGGGUACGAAGUGCUGGAAUUGCAUCGAGUAGAGGUCAUGGGGAUCACGCUGUCGGGACUCAAGAUCGGGGAGUGGAGGCCGCUGUCAGAGUCGGAGAUGUCGUUUAUCACUGAAAGGUUUUGA